AUGGCUGUUACACAUAUUGCCAAAGUUGAGUCGCCGUCCAAAGAGACCGCAGUCGAACACUACGAGCAACCUCGCCGGGCGAGCACCGCUGAGGAGCUUGUCGAACUUUCUGGCAUCGAGUCGACGGCAACUUCCAAAGCUGCUUGGCUCAUUGCAAUUACAGUGUCCCUAGGUGGCUUCCUGUUUGGUUAUGAUACCGGCUAUAUCUCGCCCGUCCUCGUUACCAUUGGGAAGUCCCUUGGUCAUGAGCUCAGUUCAAGCGAGGCCGAGCUGGUGACCUCGUUGACCAGUGGAGGCGCGCUUGUUGGUGCUGUUGGCGCGGGGUUGACCGCCGAUCGCUGGGGUCGCAAGAUGCCGAUAUGGGCUGCUUGUGUGGUCUUCUGUCUUGGAACACUCCUCCAGACUUGCGCCUUUCAUGUUCCUCAAUUCGCUGUUGGAAGAUUUGUUGUCGGGCUGGGAGUCGGAUCUGCGGCAUGUAUCGUCCCCCUCUACAUUGGAGAGCUAGCGCCCGCCAGAUACAGGGGUUGCAUGAUCGCUUUCAACAAUAUGAGCGUCACUUUUGGUCAACUUGUCGCCAGCGCUCUGGGUGCUGGCUUCACUCACAUUAAAGGAGAUGGGUGGCGGGUAACUGUUGGGCUUGGAGCAAUCCCUGCGAUUCUUCUUGCCGGCCUUCUAGUGCUCUGCCCCGAAUCUCCGCGUCAAUUAGUCGCACAUGGCAAGGUAGAUGAGGCAGAAAAAGUUCUUACACGGAUAUACCCCGGCUCUUCUGCAGAACAGCGUCAUGCGAAAAUCAAGUCGAUUCAGAUGUCAAUACACGAGGCCACUGCCACCAUGGUUGAUGAUUCGUUGUGGAAGACAACCAAGCGCAUUUUUACUACGGCUGCAACUUGUCGCGCUGUCUUUACAGCAUGCAUGAUUAUGGCAAUCUCCCAGCUCGGUGGAUUCAAUACACUCAUGUACUACAGCGCCACCCUAUUCAAGAUCGUGGGGUUCUCCAAUGCCACCGCAGUUGCUAUUGUUGUCUCUGGAACUAAUUUCAUCUUUUCGCUCGUCAACUUGGUUCUUGUUGAUCGCUUUGGCCGCCGGAGGAUUCUUACGAUCACUGUGCUGGGCAUGUCUAUCUGUAUGCUCCUCGCUGCAAUUUCAUUCCACUGGAUCCCUGUUAGUAAGGAACUUGUGGUGCAGUCUACCAAUAUUGGCUGGCCAGGCAUCUUGGUCCUGAUCUGCAUUAUUUGCUACGUCGCCUUUUUCUCGUCCGGUGUUGCCACUAUUGCGUGGAUCGGGACCGAAUUGAUCCCGAUGGAGGUUCGAGCUGUCGGAACUAUGUUGAAUACAGUUACAUGCUGGAGCACCAAUAUCAUCAUUGCGUCGACAUUCCUUAGCAUGAUGAAGGGUAUGACACCUUCUGGCGCAUUUGGCUUCUACUGUGGCAUUUGCUUUUUCGGCUGGAUCUUCGUUGUGACUUGCUACCCCGAGUGCAAAGGUAUGCCUUUGGAGGCUGUCCGAGAAGUAUUCGCCCACGGCUUUGGUGUCAAAUACUCCAAGCAGUGGCAGAAGGAUAACAAGCAUCUUGUAAAGACAGUCACUACUCAAUCUUUCGGCCACUAG